UCUCUUCCCCACGAUCAUUUUCCUUCUCCCAUGGAGAAAGAAAGAAGAAGGUUCCCGACGCCGCUUCGAUUUUCCCUCGCUUUCCCGGAUUCCAACCACCUUUCCCGAGAAAAUUAAUUAGGCGAGAAAAAUCCGCCGCGAUUCCGCCUCGCCUGAUCAUGGACGACGACUCGGUCGUCCCCGUCAAUUGGGAGUCCCUCGACGCGCUGGUCAUGAAGUUCGCGCAAUCCGAGAACCUGCUCGUCGCCGAGGAGGCCGGCGGCGGCGCCCCCCUCCCCCACGCCGCGUCGCCGCCGCCGACGUCGCCGUCGUCGCCGUCGUCGUCGUCGUCGUCCUCCUCCUCCUCGUACUUCGCGCGGCUGGCCAACCGGCAGAUCCGGCGGGCGCUGGAGGCCGGCGACAUCGACGCCGCCAUCGAGCUCCUCAGGUCCCACGCGCCCUCCGUGCUCGACGAUCACCGGAUCCUCUUCCGGCUGCAGAAACAGAAAUUCAUUGAAUUGUUGAGGAAGGGGACGGCGGAAGAUCGCGAUGCCGCCAUUGAGUGCUUGAGAACGUCUCUUGCACCCUGUGCUCUGGAUGCUUACCCGGAAGCGUAUGAGGAGUUCAAGCACGUUCUUCUUGCCUUUAUAUAUGACAAGGAUGAUCAGUCUUCUCCUGUGGCGGAUGAGUGGUCUGAAAAGAAGAGGUUUGAUAUAGCUGGCUUGAUGUCAUCAGUAUUAAGGGCUCAUUUACAAGUAUACGAUCCACUCUUUUCGAUGACACUGAGAUAUUUGAUAAGCAUACAUAGGGAAUUUUUGCUUUACCAGGGAAUAUCUUCACCAAUUUCAGACCUCACCGAAAGAUUGCUCCUUAAGGAGUGUGAUCCUCCCACAACUGUCGAAGAAAGCUUGUAUGAAGUUCCUGCAUUUGACGAGCUUGAGAUUUGCGAAGGAGAUUUGUUUCUGGCUUUUCAGAAUGAACUAUGUCGAAUGAAAUUGGAUAUACCGAUGCUUGAUGAGCUCGUCCGCGAGUAUUGUCUUUACAGGGGUAUUAUCGAUGCCAGUCUUACAUUUCCUUCGGAGAUUGAAAUGGGAAAGAUCUCCAAAGAUCCAAAAGUUGGUCAACCAGGGUAUGAUUUAUCGGGAAAUUGUUUGCUUGAGUUGGAUGAAUCUCAGGCUGGUAAACAGUCUGAUGGUGAAGUCCUUAGCAACAGCUGCACAGAUGGUUGUUCAGACAAUAACAGUGAAGUAAUAACAAGGGAAGGUACUGAUAUUGAACUACGUUAUGCUAGUGAGCCAACAAGUAACCAUGAAAUUUGUAGCACGAGCAGUUCCCAGCGGUUCAACCAUUCAAAAUUGCUUCAAAGAAACAGAAACCGUGGAACUGGUGAGAGGAGGAAACGUAAGCGAUGGAGAGGAAGGCAUGAUGACUUGAUUUUUGUGCCUGAUACGUCAUUUGUUAGAAGUAUCAAACAGGGGGUCCAGGUUGCUGCUUCAGUGUCUUGUGCAAAUACAUCGAGAGAACGAGAGGGUUCAGACGCAAGAUUUACUUUUGAGAACCAAACUGGGGAGGAAAAAUAUGAAUUCCUUUUAGAGAUGAAAGAACUAGCCAGCAAGGGAAUGGCAGCUGAAGUUGUUGAAGAAAUUAACACUAUGGAUCCCAAUUUCUUUCUGCAGAAUCCUGUUUUGCUAUUCCAACUCAAGCAGGUUGAAUUUCUUAAGUUGGUCACUUCAGGCGAUCAUUCUAGUGCUCUUAAGGUUGCCUGCAGCCACUUAGGUCCUUUAGCUGCUAAAGAUCCAGCAUUAUUAAAGCCCUUGAAGGAGACUUUGUUGGCAUUACUCCGUCCUGAGGAUAUUUCAAUUGGAAAAUGCUUGCCUUUGGAUGCUCUUGCAACUUCACUCCAGGUUGCAAUUGGUAGAAGCCUUGGGAUUGAAGAACCUCAGCUCAUGAAAAUAAUGAGAGCAACCCUUCACACACACACUGAGUGGUUCAAACUUCAAAUGUGUAAAGAUCGCUUUGAGAGUCUUUUGAGGAUUGAUUUCUUGAAGGAUGUUAGCAGCCCCAUGGUUGGAGUAGCUGCUUUAUCGAAAUCAAAUACUGAUAGUGCUCAGGGUUCCUCAGUGGUCACGACCUCGUCAAGUCCUAGGAUGGCUGAUGAUGGAAGCAGUCCUACUCAAGUUUCUUCUAGUGAUGGCAUAUGUGAUGAAAGUGCAAUUCUUAAAGUCAUGGAAUUUCUUGCUUUGCCUAGGGCCGAUGCCAUCCAUUUGCUUGGCCAGUACAAUGGUAACGCCGAAACGGUCAUCCAGCAAUUAUUUGCUUAGUCUGAGACCUAAUGUCUGUAUGUGCUCGGGGACAUUUAUUUAUUCUUUCACACAUAUUCAUUCACGGUGUAACAUAGCUUUGUUAGGCGAAACGUCGGAAUGUGCGAGUUUUUGCACGUCUUGGUAUCAUCUCUUCUCCACCAGUGUAAUUGAUGAGGAUGAGUGCCCUAAAACUCUUAAAAGAUGCAGGGUGUGGUGGAAUGUACAAAAAUACAAUAACUUGAAGCAAUGCUUUUGUUGUAAUA